UACACGCUGGCUCCACUUUCCCCGAUACACCGAAUAGAUCGACACGAAAAAACAUCAAAGAGGCGCGUUUACCCACACUCCUAAUUGUAGCGUGAGUAUUACAACUCAACUACUGCCAACAUAAACUAGCAUAUUUUUGAGGUAUAUCUUCUUUUAAAUCGUAGAGAGAGAGAAGAGAGAGAGAGAAGAGAGAGAGAGCGAGAUUUUGUUGCGCCUCCAGGUCACUCUUUAUCCGUCGUCGUUUUGGUCUGCGGAUCCCUACCGUGCCGUUACGAAUUCCGAAGCUGUUCGUUGCGGCGAUCAAUUCCGAAUAUGAAGGUUUUCGUGAAGACUCUUAAAGGAACUCACUUCGAAAUCGAAGUGAAGCCACAAGACACGAUUUCCGAAGUGAAGAAAAACAUAGAAAAUGUUCAGGGUGUAGAUGUCUAUCCUGCUGCACAGCAAAUGCUUAUUCAUCAAGGGAAAGUUCUGAAGGAUGGUACCUCCUUGGAAGAAAAUAAAGUAGCCGAAAAUAGUUUCAUUGUAAUUAUGCUUUCAAAGAGUAAGAAUACACCUGGUGAAGGGUCUACUGCUUCAAAUGCACCUCCAGCAAAGGCCCCACAGACGAGUGUGGCUCCUACUUCAACCCCCACAGUUUCUGUAUCACCUCAAGCUCCUGCUGUCACUGCAGCACCGCCUCCAUCUGUUGCUGCACCUUCUCCAGCUCCAGCUCCCACUCCAGCUACGGCUCCUGCUCCUAUAUCUUCGGCGACUGCUACGGAAGGUUCCGAUGUCUACGGGCAGGCGGCAUCCAAUCUAGUUGCCGGUAGCAACUUGGAGGAAACAGUUCAGCAAAUCCUAGAUAUGGGUGGAGGAAGCUGGGAUAGGGAUACUGUUGUUCGUGCUCUUCGAGCUGCCUUUAACAACCCUGAGAGAGCUGUUGAAUAUUUGUAUUCAGGUAUCCCUGAACAAGCUGAAGCUCCAGCAGCGUCUCGAGUGCCUGCAAGUGCACAACCUGCAAAUCCUGCAGCUGCAGCUCCUCAAGCAGCACAACCUGCUCCUGUUACCUCAAGUGGACCUAAUGCUAAUCCUCUAGACCUCUUUCCCCAGGGCCUCCCAAAUAUUGGUUCUGGUGCUGCUGGUGCCGGCUCUCUGGAUUUUCUUCGGAACAGUCAACAAUUCCAAGCAUUGCGAGCUAUGGUGCAGGCAAAUCCACAAAUAUUGCAGCCUAUGCUACAAGAACUUGGCAAACAAAAUCCUCAUCUCAUGAGAUUGAUUCGAGAUCAUCAAGCUGACUUCCUUCGCCUGAUAAACGAACCAAUGGAAGGUGGUGAAGGGAACCUAUUGGGACAGAUGGCAGGUGGCAUGCCACAAGCAGUAACUGUCACCCCUGAGGAGCGCCAAGCUAUUGAACGUCUUGAAGCAAUGGGUUUCGAUCGUGCUAUAGUAUUGGAGGUGUACUUCGCGUGUAACAAAAAUGAGGAAUUGGCUGCCAACUACCUUUUAGACCACAUUCAUGAGUUCGACGAACAAUGAUCCACUUUCCAAUAAUUUCCAAUUAUUUUUCGUUAUCUUUUCUCUCGGUGGACCUUUUUAAAUUUUUAUACUUGGUGUUUAAUGAGGUAAUGAUGCUUUAUAACGACAAUCUCAACUUGACUGUGGACAAAAGGGAUGUUUUUUAUCUUCUCAUUGUCGCCCUUGUUUUUAUUUUAUCAUUUCUGAUCCAUCGAGGGUUCCUUCUCAGUAUUCAUAUACAUAGUCUUUUGCUUUU